AAAGCGAAAGAAAUUCUUUUUUCGUCUAUUCAAUUUUAUAUACAUAUAUAUAUAUUUUAUCGUUUUGGUAAAAGAGAAAUCUUCAAGUGCACAUCGCAACGCGAAGAAUUUACGGCCGGGUAAAACACGAAGGGCAGAAAUCGCCUUUGGCCUCUGCCGGUAAUAAAAAAAUAACAUUCGGCUUGCAAUUGCAACAGAAAGCCUCUCGUAGCGUUACAAUCGCAUUAGUUUACAUCAUGGUUGCCCUAGAAUCCUCUGAACUGUCAACGUCGAUCAAUUAGCGGCAUAAUGUCCAAUAAAGGAGCAACUAAAAAAACUGGACCUAAAGACGAAGUCAAGGCACGCGUGCGGUCGAAAUCGAAAACGUCAACCGGCAAUGAAAGCAAUGCGGAAACGUCGAAAAAAUCGGAUUCUAAUCUUCCGAGGAAGUCCCAGACUGUCGGGCACAGAGGAGACGGAGACAGAGUGUCCAAAUCGUUACAGAAUACCUUAACGAGGACACAAUCGAUUAAGAAUGCUAACAAGCCGCCCGUUGAAUCCUCUCGAAAUAAGACUGUCAAGCAAGUAUCCUCAACGUCGAAAUCUAGUUCACUUAACGUUUCGUCCAGUCAUUCAUUAACGAAGAAGACAAUCUCCAAGACAAGACUCGAAAAUGCAGUCAAAUCAAGCGACGACAGUAUGAUGAAAAAGAGAAAGUCCAGAGAACAAGUGGGAUAUUCGGAGAAGAGAGGUCAGAGUACGAUAUAUGUGCCAAGAUCGACCACAGAUAAGCUUAAUGUUAAAUCCAACGAGAAGAUUGUGCAUCGGACGUCAAGGGAUAAGGAAAAAUCGCAAGACUCUUCUGCACCUGACCGAACUAAGUCACGCAUGUCGUCCAGAGAACGUAGGAAAUCCAGAACGUUAAGUCCGAGCGAGGUAAGGAUGCUGCACAGCGCCGUAAGGAGACCGGACGUCGUGGAAAAAGUAGAGCGGAAGAAAGGUGUUUUAACGGACAGCCGUUCUCAUACGCAAGCAGACUCGGAUGAGGCAGAUUACGAUUAUGAAGACGAUUUUGAGGAUUACGAGUCGGACUUUCAAGAAUGCACUGACAGCGAUACUCCCUCAAUUAGCGAAAAAUCAGAUAGCAGUGGAAGCAAUUCUCACUUAGAACCUAUCGAAUUGCGCAUCCGAGAGAAGAGGAGCACGGAACACGUGAAGGUCGAAGAGGAACGUAUGCUCGAUUCGGGACAUUACGAUCUCGCGGAAGCGAGAAAACGGGCAGCGCGGGUGGAAUCUGUGCUUUUAACGCAAUCCAACACGCCGCCGUUACCUGAAUUAAGAGAGCCAGUUGGCAAAACGUUUAGCGACGAUAGACCGGCGGAAAAUAAAUCUUUGCCGUCGUCUACCGAUGAAGGCUUCGAGGAUAGCCGCUCUGAGGACUUUACUCGAUCUCCGCCGCUGUCACAAAUACCAUUUAUCGAUUUUCGUAAACCGAAAGAGAAUCGACGUGAGGAGAUCACCUCGCGCAAGCCUCGAAGCAGAGGCGAAGAAUUAUUGGAAAUGAUAAAGCUGGACUUUAUGGAAUGGUCGUUACUAGAAUGCAGUCCUAUACCUUAUGAUGAAUUCAUAAGAAACUACGGAAAAUUAAAUACGCAACAAGUAUUCACCCAAACCGGCGACGACAAUAUAGACAUCGAGAUACAAACGGACGAUGUGCCUUGUAAGAACAAGUGGACGCAGUUUCCCGUAACUUGUAGAAAAGAAUUGCGUGACAAACAAGAUAUAAAUUUAUUUAAAAUGGAACAAAUCGGCGUUGGAAGUGAUUUUGACGAGAUGGACGAUAUAAGUUUUUUGUCACGGCCGUCUUAUGAUGUAUUGCGAUUAAAUGAUUUUCUCAAUCGCGCUGGCGCGGUUGUAUUGUCAUUGCUGGAAGAGAGGGAACGCGGUGGUACCGUUUUUCAAAAUGACGUAGGCGAAUUAUCGUUCAGCGACGGUUUCGUGAAGCUCUCUAUAGAUACAGUAACAUUCUUAGCUAGCAGAUCGGUUAAGAUUAUACAUUAUUCGAACAUCUUAAAUAAGGUUCUGCUCACUAUACACGCUUCUGCAGAUGAGGAGAUAGAAACCAUAAGCAAACAGGAUUACAUCACCGAUUGCUGCAUCGGAUGCGUUUGGAAUAUUUCCGAACCUUCGAUGCCGAAGAAAUUAUUCUACUCGCAAUGUCCUAUUACCGCCUGUUGUUUUCACUUAACGAGUUGCAACACCGUGUUCGCUGGACUCGAGGAUGGGUCGUUGAGUCUCUGGGACCUCAAGGAGGACGAGAUGUGGCAUCAGAAGAUCACGGAUAAAGCUAACGGGUUAGAUUGGGUGAUCAGAACGCCUACUUACACGACAACGGCGGAGUUGGAUGCGCAUACGUCUCAAGUUGUUGCGAUACGCGUACUGUCCAAGAUCGAGACUACGUCUGCUAAAGAGAGCAACAAGUUCGUCCCUAUCCAGAUAUGUAGUUUAGAUGAGGAUGGCUGCUUCAUAAUAUGGAGUAUUGUGCAUAACAUGGGUAUAAAUAUUGACGAUCUGGGACUCUCUCACUGGGGUGACAUAAGAUUUGUAAAGAAUCAGAAAACAUUUUUGACGAAAAAAGACGCAGAAAUCAUGAAUACGUUUGUCGAUAUGCAUGUGGACAGCGCGAACACAAAUAACAUUUAUAUCGCGACUAACAGUACCGAUGUCUUGCAUGCCACUUACAUCGGUAACAGAACUAAUCCAGUGACAUAUAAACCAACUGAGAUAAGUGAAUGCGGUACUUCAACUUGUAUCGACGUUUGUCCUUUCAAUCAAUCCUUUUUCUGGAUCGGCUGUGGCGAUGGAACGAUUCGACUUCAUUACAUAAAUGUGGAGAAACCGAUCGUACAACUGAAAAACGAACAGUAUACGGAUGAGAUUAAAGUUUUGCAAUGGUCGAAAACGAAACCGUUGACUAUAUAUACUCUGGAUAGUAAUUCUCGAAUUCACGUAUGGGAUUUGAGUAAGAGCGAUAUUUGUCCUAUAUACACAUUAUCUAUGAAAAAGUGGGGAAAGAUAAGCAGCAUGCAGCUGUCCCCUUGCAUAAUAGAUCAAGAUAUGGCGAAUCAAUACCUGGCUGUUGGCACGGAGUCUGGUAAUGUGGAGGUACAUAAGCUGAGAAAAGAUUUCUACUACUCAAAGAAGGAGGAAUUUUUACAAGAAUUAAACGUAUUUUCGCGAUACGUUUCGGUAUCAUAAACGAAAAUAGAUAUAUCGUUAAUAAAGCAAGAAUCGUAUAGGCACUAAUAGUUUCUCUAGAAUUACAAUUGUUAUUUCUAGAAAUUGGAUAUAGAAAGAUAUUCACAGAUUUUAUACUUCCAGUGUGUACUUGCAAUUAUUGCAAUAGAUAAUUGAGACUAGUCAUAGAAAAUAAUAUUUAAACACAAGUUGAAAUUUGUUCUCUUAAUUGACAAGGGAUGUACAGCUUUUUAUGUAUAUCCCGAAAUUGUAAUUGUAAGAUUUGCAAAGUAAUAUGUAGUGGUAAUUAUCUUUGAUAACUUUAAAUGAUAUUGAAUUUUUUCAAUGUGCAAUCAAGUACAUUUAAAUUGUUAUAAUUUUAUAUAUCUUAUAUGUAUAACGAAUGAGAUUUUUGUGCACUUAUUCGUAUCUUUCUAUAAUAUACAUAUCACAAUAUUCCGUCCAGGGAAAAUAAGUACCAAUAGAUGUAGAAAAAAAAAUACUAUUCAUAACAUAUUUAUACAUACAUUUAUAUAGUGUGUCGUAUAUAAAUAAGGCUAAAUGAUAAGAUUGUACAAUUGAAAUAUACAUAGAAUUUUAUACAUAGUUUAGCCGAUUUGAUAUCGCGCUUUUUAAUUUAGGUCGGCCAUUAUUGAUAAUACAACAGAUGAUAUGAUUUUAUCUUAAAAAUAAAUGUAGAAAAAAAUUUUUUAUAAAAAACUUUUUCGUUUAAUAA